GCGGCCCCGCCCCCUGGAAGGUUCCCGACAGGCGCCGCGGGCACCCCGGCCGUGACGUCACGGCAGCGCGCCGGCCGCGGGAGAGGGCCCCGUUGCGACCGCGUCCCCUUGGGUCCUUGAUCCUGAGCUGACCGGGUAGCCAUGGCCUUGCGGCUCCUGAAACUGGCCCCGACGUCCGCGUCCGCCCGGGUCGUGGCGGCGGGCGCCCAGCGCGUGAGAGGAAUUCACAGCAGUGUGCAGUGCAAGCUGCUCUAUGGAAUGUGGCAUUUCCUACUUGGGGAUAAAGCAAGCAACAUACUGACAGAACGCAGCAGAGUGAUAACUGUAGAUGGCAAUAUAUGUUCUGGAAAAGGCAAACUUGCAAAAGAAGUAGCAGAGAAACUAGGCUUCAAGCACUUUCCUGAAGCAGGGAUUCAUUAUCCAGACAGUACCACAGGAGACGGGAAGCCCCUUACCGCGGACUAUAGUGGCAACUGUAGUUUGGAGAAAUUUUACGAUGAUCCGAGAAGCAAUGAUGGCAACAGUUACCGCCUGCAGUCCUGGUUGUACAGCAGUCGCCUGCUGCAGUACUCGGAUGCCUUGGAGCACUUGCUGACCACAGGACAAGGUGUUGUGCUGGAGCGCUCCAUCUUCAGUGACUUUGUGUUCCUGGACGCGAUGUACAACCAGGGAUUCAUCCGAAAGCAGUGUGUGGACCACUACAACGAGGUGAAGAGCAUCACCAUCUGUGAUUACCUGCCCCCGCACCUGGUGAUCUACAUUGAUGUGCCCGUUCCAGAGGUCCAGAGGCGGAUUCAGAAGAAAGGAGAUCCACAUGAAAUGAAGAUCACCUCUGCCUAUCUGCAGGACAUUGAGAAUGCCUAUAAGAAAACCUUCCUCCCUGAGAUGAGUGAAAAAUGUGAGGUUUUACAGUAUUCUGCAAGGGAAGCUGAAGAUUCAACAAAGGUGGUAGAGGACAUUGAAUACCUGAGGUUCGAGAAGGGGCCGUGGCUCAAGCAGGACAAUCGCACUUUAUACCACCUGCGAUUACUGGUUCAGGAUAAGUUUGAGGUGCUGAAUUACACAAGCGUUCCUAUCUUUCUCCCGGAAAUCACCAUUGGAGCUUAUCAGACUGACCGUGUCUUACGUCAAUUCAGAGAGCUGCCGGGCCGCAAGUACAGCCCUGGGUACAACACCGAGGUGGGAGACAAGUGGAUCUGGCUGAAGUGAACAGGCCGCCUUCCGCUCCAGCUGCGUCACAGCGAUGGCCAAGCUGCAUCAGCCGCACUCUCCUGGACGCCAUAUAGCUUUAAGAUCGGGGGGAGGGUAAAUAAUGCAAAAAUUGCACAGUGGAAGAAGUGGUCUCACAAAAAGCAAAAGCAAUCCAUCCCGUAGUAUAGGUAAUGGAGUUGGGAGAAGCAGCUUCCAUUCUGGAUGUUUGGAACCCUUUAGCUUUGUUUUGGAAUGGCCCACCAUUCUCACUGGAAAACAGUGGUCUGCUGUGAAAGGCCAGCUCUCCGCGGCCCCUGUGGUUUCAGCGCUGCCACUGUGUGUCAUUCAGGUUGUGUACAUUGUUUUUCUUCCGACUUCCAGAAAUAAAAGCGUUUCCAUGGGA